AUGUUACAAAGCAUCAGGGGCAGGAUCCCCUCUCGCCUUUUUUCUACAGUGUGUCAUAGACCAAGCUACCAUGGCAUCAAAUUCACAAGCCGGCUACCGUCGCUUCAUCUUACCAUCCCUACACACUCCGAUCCUAUUGCGCCCUCAAGGCAAUUCGCCUUCAAUAACCAUGCCCGCCUCCUAACAACAAUUACUAUUCCUCCUCCCAAUGCGAAUAAAUGGCCUCGCCGAAUCCGCCUUUUCCUUUAUGUUCUCCUAUUUAGCUAUCUGGGUAGCAUAAAUGCAUCAUUGGUGAUGAGGAUUUUUAGCGGCCCUAUAGUAGAGCCAGACAGCCCCGAAGAUGCGGAAAUAACUACAGCACUCAACGCCCAUUUCGACAAGCUUGAAAUAGUCAAGGAGCUACGUGCUAAUCCGGCUUACGCUGAGUGGGAGCCAUAUGGGAAUUUGACUGAAGAAGAAAGGCGGCGGAGGCUUACUAGUGGGUGUCUACGCGGGUCUAGAGGCUUGUCAUGUCAGCAUGUAUUCUACAACUCACAAGAAAAUGUCCUCAAAUCGGUUCUGUUCCUCGGCAACGCACUUGAUGGAUGGCCUGCUGUCGUCCACGGUGGUGCAAUUGCUACGCUUCUUGACGAGAACAUGGGUCGUUUAGCAAUUGAAAACCUUCCAGAACGCACCGGUGUUACGGCAAAUCUUAAUAUCACAUAUAAAGCACCCCUUUCUCCCGGCCAAUAUAUAUCAGUUGAGGCAAAAUUUAAUCCGGCGUUGAGUUCUGGAAGGAAAGUGGUUGUUGAAGCGGUCAUUAGGGACCAGACAGGGAGAGUCUGCUCAGAGGCCACCGCAUUAUUCGUAUACCCCAAGAAACUGAAGCUGAGGACAAUUGGCGAGAAAUUUUAA